CCCUUCCUUUCUUUCUCUUCCCACCUGGGUCGGCGACUCAGCCACCCCUUGUUAAAACAAGUGCGUUGUAGGCUGUGAUUUUGGAAACUCAAAGAGUUAACAGAUCAACAACUAACACGGGGGAGGAGAGAAAGACCACACCCCAAGGGAGCGCAGAGCCAAGUCACAGGAGGAAAUUCCUAUUGGCGUCCAGGAGGCACGGAGCCCGCCCCUGGGCGCGGCCUGCAGGGGGCAGGCGAUCGCCCAGGAAAGCGGGGGCAGGAUAAGGACCCUGCAGGUGCACUCAGCCAGCCGCAGUUGCAGGGAGCCCUGCUCGCACCUCCGCCCGGUGCGCCCUCCUCGGCUCGCGAACCCCGCGCUGCGCUCCGCCGCUGACAUGUGUGCCGCCCCGAUGCCGCCCCUGGCGCACAUCUUCCGAGGGACGUUCAUCCACUCCACCUGGACUAACCCUAUGGAGGUGCUGCGGGACCACCUCCUCGGCGUGAGCGACAGCGGCAAAAUAGUGUUUUUAGAAGAAGCAUCUCAACAAGAAAAGCUGGCCAAAGAAUGGUGCUUCCGGCCAUGCGAAGUAAGAGAGCUGAGCAACCAUGAGUUCUUCAUGCCUGGGCUGGUUGAUACACACAUCCACGCUCCUCAGUAUUCUUUUGCGGGGAGUAAUGUAGACCUUCCGCUUUUGGACUGGUUGACCAAGUACACGUUUCCUGUAGAAUACAAAUUCCAGAACCUUGAUUUCGCUGAAGAAAUAUAUACCAGAGUUGUCAGGAGAACACUAAAGAAUGGAACAACCACAGCCUGUUACUUUGGAACAAUUCACACUGACUCAUCUCUGCUCCUCGCAGAAAUUAUAGAUAAAUUUGGGCAGCGGGCAUUUGUGGGCAAAGUCUGCAUGGAUAUGAACGCUACUGUUCCCGAAUACAAGGAGACCACUGAGGGAUCGAUUGAGGAAACAGAGAGAUUUGUGUCGAGAAUGCUCCAAAAGAACUAUUCUAGAGUGAAGCCCAUAGUGACACCACGCUUCUCCCUUUCCUGCUCUGAGACUUUGUUGGGAAAACUGGGAAACCUCGCGAAGACCCAUAAUUUGCACAUUCAGAGCCAUAUAAGUGAAAACUCCAGUGAAGUCGCAGCUGUGCAGAACUUAUUUCCCGAUUAUAAAAACUACACAGAUGUGUAUGACAGAAACAAUCUUCUGACAAAUAAGACAGUAAUGGCGCACGGCUGCUACCUUUCUUCAGAAGAACUACAAGUGUUCCAGGAGCGAGGAGCCGCGCUCUCACAUUGCCCCAAUUCUAACUUAUCGCUCAGCAGCGGCUUUCUCAAUGUCCUUGAGGUCAUGAAACACAAAGUGAAAAUAGGACUGGGUACAGAUGUGGCCGGUGGUUAUUCAUCUUCCAUGCUUGAUGCGAUCCGAAGAGCAAUGAUGGUUUCCAAUAUACUUUUAAUUAAUAAGAUAAAUGAGAAAAGCCUCACCCUCAAAGAAGUCUUCAGACUCGCUACUCUUGGAGGCAGUCAAGCCCUGGGGCUGGAUAAAGAGAUUGGAAACUUUGAAGUGGGCAAGGAAUUCGAUGCCCUCCUGAUCAACCCCAAAGCGUCUGACUCUCCCAUUGACUUAUUUGCUGGGGAUUUUGUUGGUGAUUCGCUUGAAGCUAUUAUCCAGAAGUUCCUCUAUGUAGGAGAUGACCGAAAUAUUGAUGAAGUUUACGUGGGCGGAAAGCAGGUGGUACCCUUUUCAAGCUCAGUGUAAGACCCUUGGCAUCUACCAGCUCUGGGAUCACACGGUUCUGCGUCUCCCUUUUCCCUGGGCAGAGUUAGAAAGUCAAAAAAUAGUAUCUUGUUCUUGGGAUGACUAUCUCUUUCUGUGUCUAGUUACAGUAUUCACUUGACAAAUCAUUGAAGGAAGUCGUGCUAAUUCUCAACUUUCUGGUUGGGAGGAUUCAAAAUUUCUCCCUUUUGAGCUGUUCGGAUUUACUUUAAGCUCAAACAUAAGGGAAUGUUCUUCCUGAUGGUGUUCUGACUAUGGGAUUUAAGUAAAAUCAGUUCAUAUUUGGAAAUGUGGAGAGAAAAGACAUUCCUAUAAGGUUAGAUAUUUUGAGCUAAUAAAUGUGAAAAGUAGACAUGGAGAAUGACCCAGCGAAUCUAUUUUUAUGAGGGAGAAAAAGUGAGACUAUGAGCAAACAUUGGCACAUCAAUUCAGAUUAUGAUUGAAAAUUAAAUGCUGAGCAUAUUAAUUUCAGAAGAGAACUUGUUGAAUCUUAAAAUGUUUUUCUAGAUUGACCUUGUGUUCUGGAAAUUUGCACUUAAUGGAAUUUGCAUUUCAGAUAUUAUUGUUGUGCUUUGCCUUCUUUGGACAUGAAAUGUCAGAAAUUGAAUGCCACAUGCUUCCUCAGUACAGUUCUGUGCUUCAAAGUGUUUGACAGAGAUUGGGUGGUAAAGAUUUAAAGUCUCUUAGGAAUAUUAUUCAUAUAACUACAUGGCAUAAAUAGUGGUAUUUUUCUGUACUUCAAAAUCACCUUAAUGUAUAACUACGUGAUGCUAUUAUCGCUUCUGUGUUCUUAGAAGAGAAACAAAUUCCAUAGUCCACACUAUUCUGUAGACUGGUCUUCAUAAACUGGGGUAAGUGCUAGGCAGCAAGGAUCUGUCAUUACUAAAAGGAAGGGUUCCACUGCAAUGACGUAUUCUCACCAAGAGUUAUGCCAUAGCUGCUGGAAAUUUCAAACUCAGAUAUCAGUCUGUUAGAGCUUUAAAAUGAAGGACAAAUUCAAUGAAAACUAUUGUUAAAAAUCUUUACAUCCUGCUUAUCGAAAGUACUCUGUUUUUCAAUUUUAUCCUAUUGUCUUUUUAAUUCAAAUAAUUUUCAGGACAUAAGAAUUUUACGAUAAUGAAACUAUGUAGAUGUUCCCCUGAUGUCUAUACUAAUAGAACUUAAUCUGUACUAGACAUCUAGGAACAUGAAACAAAGCAAAGAGUAUUGUUAUGCCUCCCAGCUCUUACAGUGUGCUUUCCCAUAGCCUACAAUUAAAAACAAAUUGACUUUAUGAUAAACCCUUAAGAAGUAUGGAUGUGAGUGUCAUUUAAAUACCACAUUUUUCUCAUUUAAUUACAAAUACUAUAAACCAAUGUGGAAGAGGAAUAGAUUUUCUUAAUAUAGCACUCAUGCCUAGGUCUUAACUGUGACACUUUAUUAUUUACUUUAGAGAGAGAACUUUAUGUAAUAUAAUAUAGCUAACUUCCUUUUUAUAGAACUAAGAACAAUAUUCCCCCUCUUGUGGUAUAAUUUAUUCUCACAUAGUUAUGCUAAAUCAGCAGUAAUUUGCCUACUUUUUUAUCUUGUUUUUGUUUUCCUGGUGGAAACUUUUAGAUUCGACUGCGUAUGCACAACACCGACUGAUCUUAUUUUUAUUUUUUUUUAAGAACUUUUCUUAUUUGAGGACAGGUGACACACAAUUUGAUCUUAUUAAGACAACAACAGAGUUUGUGUUGUGGGAUAUAAAGUAACUCAGUAAAUUCAGUUUCUGGUGUCAAUCUCCAUAUUCCCAGAAUUCCUCAUACCUGAGCCAUGUCAAAAAGGCCCCGCCGAUUUUCUCCCCGUUUUCUCUGUAGUGCUGAUUGAGUGUUUCCCGCUCUGUCUCCCAGUCCCUGCCAAAGGAACAUGGUUACCUGGUGUCUAACCGACAGGGGCGGGCUUAAGAACUUGGAUAAGAUAUGCAAGAUCCACUAAUAGGCAGCAGUUAGCGCAGCCUUUGCAAGAUCCUACACUUCCUUAAGGAUGUACCUUUUGAUACUGAUGUACAUUUUGAUGUACCUUUUGAUGUUGAACAUCAGUUUUCAUUUAGACUAAGGAUUCGUACACAGUGUAUAUAAGUAAGUGCAGAAUCAGCAACAAGUAGAAUGGCUCUCUACAACCGACCCGUCGAACAUUAAAUUUAACCCAGGUAGGAUGUGAAGACCUUACUGUCUUUUCCAGUAAAAAUAGAAUGUGUUGAAACAUUUACAUGUAGUUUGAUCUCCCUGCAUCAGUUACAACUUACGUGUUUUGUUUCUCCAAGUGCAGUGUUCUUGAACGUUGCAUAUACUUCUUGUGGUACUGCUGGCAUUGGCCGUGCGUGCGGCCAGAUGCUUUACACUUUGAAAUGGUAGCUUCGCCUAACGUGGCUUGACUUUCCGAAUUGUGGACAGGCAUUCUUUCAAGCCAACACGGUUUGUCACUUCGUUUGACUAUUUUGCUCUCUGACAGGAAAGAAAGAGUUGACUUCUUAGCAGCCUCCUCACCUCACCCUGUACUAUUUGCCUCAGGUUUUGUGAUACUUUUAAUGGAAUACACGUUAACAGGUAAACACCGAUUCAAGAGUGUUGACUAGCACACAUUUCAAAAGCAUUUUUUUACAAUGGAAUACGAAAGCAGGCUGGCCAGUGAGGGGACACCGAAUUUCCAAGAGGAAAUGGAAACAUGGGACUAGGGCCUGAGAGGGUGUCCUCAUAAUCAUAACCUGAGACUGAGACCCUGCCCCCUUCAUAAGCUCUUUCUCUGAUUUAAUUCUCGAAGGUUCUAGAAUCCAAGAGAGUUUCUUGAACUAGCUCCCUUCAUGCCAGGAGGAGACCUUUCUAAGUUAUAGGAGACCUUUCUAAGUUAUUAUUGUGAGAAUUGAACCCCACCGAAUCUCCUUUUCACUUCCAUGAGAAUUCUGCAUGGUGGAGAGACAAAAAGUGGUUCCUGUUUUGCUCAGCUGAUUUUGAACCGUGCCCUUGAAAUCCCUGUUGGUAACUAGAGCUGAGAUGUCAGAGAGGAAACAUAAUGGAUGUGAGAUCCAGCGAUGUAUUUUGAAUUUUCACUCCCUUCCAGACUCUUCCUAUUUUUAAUCUUUUCACCUCAAAACUAGACAUAUGGAAGGCUUUCAAGGCAAGCUGGAAGGCACGUUGUACCAAUUCUACCUUGUGCUAUACCUAAAAGAUCUCCAGAAGUGGAGGCUUCUGUAGCCUUCUGGACAUCUUUUCAUUGUCCGUUUGUUUAAAGUUGAUGCUGCUGCUGGACACAUUCACAUGUUCGAAAGGAGCGUUCUGAGUAUUUAAAAGUUAGGCUAAGAAACGUGUUACGGCAACGUCUUGAAAUAAUUUUCAAAUUAACUGGAUUGCUCUGUAUCUUAGAGAGAAAUUUGUAACGUCAGGUCCACCUAGCCCCUUUACGUAUGAUUUUGGACUCUGACGCUUUUCAGUGUCUCUAAAGGAAAAGUGUGGAAAGAAGUGCAAAAAUGAGGGGACAUUGUUGGAAAACCCUAGCAUUGACUCCCAUGCAUGUUUUCACGCCCAGCCUUUCCCUCCCAACAGCCCCAAAGGCGAGAGAUUGAGAGCUGAGGGGUUAGUUUGGAAAUCGGGUCCAAAUUUACUGAAAUGCAAAAGUUGAGGAGGCCAGUGAUGGAACUCAGUGUAAAUUCCAAGAUGGCGUUCAGAGUCCACAGGGUUCAAGUGACUUGAGUCAGAGACGUUACAUGGCAUUGACGUACCUAUCCAUUUUGUGCUCGAGAGCCUGUCAGAAAGCAUUCGCUAUCGAAAACCACCUUCCAUUGUUGUUAAACUCCUGAUUGCUGCUCUUAAGAAUAUAUAUGUGUGUAUUCAUGGGGACAUUUUUACUCAAUAUUUAUGUGAUUUGCUUACUGUUCAUGUGCUGAGUGGGCUCCUUUGUGCUUCAGACAAAAAUAAAUGAGAUUUUGUGUUUA